CCAUUGAACUGGCCGUAGAAAGCGAGUUCGUGAUUUAUUAUAUAUGUACAACUAGCUAGCAAUAUUAUUUUUUGCGAGGCCCCACAGCCAGCAUUCAAAAUUAAGGUGCAGUAAUUCUAGGUGAUGGUGAGGAUCGAAGGCUGAAUAGGCGCGCAAUACAAAAGAUUGCAUGAGGAGCUCGGAAGUAGAGGACAAAACAAGCGGACGCUUGUCAUGAGGGGCCAGCCAUUUAUGACUUAUUACCAAAUGGUCACUUGCCUCCUGCUCAGAAAAACAUAUGUCCGUGACCUUCCUAAGCCCCGAUUCCAAUCUUCUGCUUUCGUAAAGGGCCGGAAUUAUAAACAGCUAGCUUUUGUAGAGCUCUCAAAAUAAGGAAAGUAGUAGAUAUGGGGGGAGGUAGCAAAAAGUGGUGUAGGUUUUGUGGUUCAUCAUCAAUAUCUUCUGUCCAACUUUUGUUGUUUAUGGUGGUGCCAUUGAUAGUGGUAUCUGGGUUUGUUUCUGUAUUGGGUCCAUUAACCUCCAAUAAGGUUUUAUUUAUAUCCAAGUACCCCUGGCUAUGGAGCUCUACUAGUAGUACUCUACCUACUACUAAUUCUUCUUCUUCUUCUUCUUCCCCUGUUUCGUCAGUAAAAGACAGCGGAAAGCGUUUGGAUUUUCUGUCACAAGUGGCUGUGGCACAAGUUCUCAAUAUGGAAGAAGCUAUCUCCAAUGAUUCUCUGCUAAAUCGAUCGUCUACUCCUCCACACGAUAUAGAAGCUGCUAUACAGAUUAAUGGUCCUAAGGAAAAUGUGUACAUGAAUGAUUCCGUGAGUGGGCCAGCUACUAAUAUUGUUUCUGCUUCAACGAAUAAAUCUCAUCAUGAGACCGGUUUAGAUAGAAUUGAAGCCAGUCUCAGAAGAGCUCGAGCUGCAAUUAAGGAAGCUAAACAUGGAAACCAAACUCAAAUAUUAGAUCCUGACUACGUCCCGGACGGUCCGAUGUACAGGAAUGCCAAAGCCUUUUACAGGAGCUACGUGGAAAUGGAAAAGCAACUAAAAAUAUUUGUGUAUGAAGAAGGGCAACCCCCAUUGUUUCAUAACGGUCCUUGCAGGAGCAUAUACUCUACAGAAGGAAAUUUCAUCCAUGGGAUUGAGAUGAAUGAGCAGUUCAGAACCCGAGAUCCUGAGAAAGCACAUUUGUUUUUCCUCCCUUUCAGUGUGGUAAUGAUGGUCCAAUUUGUAUAUGUGCCUGACUCUUACAACUUUGGUCCCAUUAAGCAGACUGUUGCAGAUUAUAUCAAUCUAAUAGCAGGAAAGCACCCAUAUUGGAAUCGAAGCCUAGCAUCUGAUCAUUUUAUGCUUUCCUGCCAUGAUUGGGGGCCAGAAACUUCCCGUUCCAGUCCUUAUCUCCUCAAAAACUCAAUUAGAGCUCUUUGCAAUGCUAACACGUCAGAGGGUUUCAACCCCACCAAGGACGUGUCCUUCCCAGAGAUCAAUCUCCGAACUGGUUCGUUAAAAGGAUUUAUCGGCGGGCCAUCCCCAUCUCGUCGGCCAAUCUUGGCUUUCUUUGCUGGAGGUCUCCAUGGUCCAGUUAGACCAGUCGUUUUUGAGCACUGGGAAAACAAAGAUGAAGAUAUAAGAGUGCACAAGUACCUUCCAAAAGGCAUCUCCUACAUUGACAUGAUGAGGAAAAGUAAGUAUUGCUUAUGCCCCAGUGGCUACGAAGUUGCAAGCCCAAGAGUUGUGGAGGCCAUUUACGGAGGUUGUGUUCCCGUUCUGAUUUCAGACCAUUAUGUUCCGCCGUUUAGUGAUGUUAUGAAUUGGAAGGCCUUCUCUGUCGAGGUUCCGGUUAAGGACGUUCCAAACCUGAAGAAAAUCCUAAUGGCGAUUUCUCCAAGGCAGUAUAUAAGAAUGCAAAGGAGGGUGGUACAGGUAAGGAGGCAUUUUGAGGUUCAGUCUCCACCUAAGCGAUUUGAUGUCUUCCACAUGAUCCUCCAUUCUGUCUGGCUUAGAAGACUGAAUGUUCGUGUCCCUAAUGAUGCCAAUGUGUUGUGACUGGCGGUACAAAGAGGUAGUUUUUAGGCAGUUGAUCACAUUAACAGUACUGCACCUACCAGCUUCACAGGUAAACAACGUAUGAUUGCAAUAUUUACUACGUCAUCAUGAAUUUCAAUUCAAUUUAUACCACUUUUGAAAUAUGAGAAAUUAAUGAUGGGCAUUGUGGGCAAGCUUGGAUAAUCUUCAUUCUGGUUCAAAGUGAUCAUGUACGUAAGUGCUUUGAGUGUAAUGGUGGUCAUCCUUUGAAUUUUAGAAUCCUUGUAACCACGGUUUUCCUUUGCUAUAAGUGAAGUUUUCUUUCAAUAAAUUUUAGAUGUUCUGUUCUCCUUAUUAAAAUAUAUAUAUAUAUAUUGUUGCAAAUUGUAAGUUUGUUUACUUAUAUAUGUAUAUACGCAGCAAAAUUUAUAUAUUAUCGUUUC